CAUAGCUCCAGCUCAGGAUCUGUUCCUGGCUUUUUGGAAGAGACUCACCUUUCUUCUGUACAGGAGUGUAUACUGAGUUUAUCUGAAGAGGAGUGGGAGGAUUUCAGCAGCCUGCUGAACACUCCUAUGACAAGGCCUCAGUUCUCCCAACUCUGCGUGGCCAUCUUGAAGGUAGUGAGUCUUAGCUCCAUGACAGUGAUUGUACCUGCGUACGUCUCUGUGGCGAAGGAUGCUAGAACUUCUGUCAGCAGACCCUCAACGUCCACAACCUUUUCCCUCACCUCAACUGAAAGGUCACUGGCCGGAUCCCCUGCAUCAGUGGACACCAAUGAAGAGUUCUUGGAUAAGAGCAGAACGGUCAGAAGUGCCUUUGCUGCAUCACCUGAAAUGACAACUGGCCCUUUGAGAGAAAUGAUGGACAAGAUGAAAUCUGCCCUAGCAGCCUUGAGGAAAUCUCAUACCUCUGAGAUCUCCGAGACAGCUGUUCUGCGCUCUGAGUCCGAACUCUCCACAGCCCACUCGACUUACAUCAACACAAUCCUGGAAAGGCUCAGUGGGAAUAUCCACAAGAUUGCCAGGAAACUUGUCAGUCAUCUUCAGGAUGUUCUCCAGAAUGAGAACGUCAGCCAAACAUCCAUUCCUUUGACUGCUAGUGGAAGCGCAUCGGAUUCCCAAACUUUGCCAAAAGGAACUCCAAAGCGGACUUUAAGUGCCUCUCACAUGGUUUACUCCUUUGCAGAAGAAGCCAUCAAGGAUUUGCUUCAACCAUAUUUACUUCCUCGUGUGGUACAGGACGCCAGUGAAGAUGCUGCCUCGGCCAGAGUUCUCCUUCCCAGAAUUCAAAGCUUGGGAUCUUCUGAAGCAGGAAGAAGUAUCUCCCAUGGCCCCACUAAAGCAGAGUGCCAAUUUAGUGAUGUGGCCAAUCUGUUCACUCGAGUGAUGACCUACCAGGUCAUGGAUAUAGUUGAUUCCGAGCUGGAGAAACAUCAGAAGUCAUCUUCCUCCCGGUUGUCUGAUAGAUCCAGGGCGCUGUCAUCAGCUGGAAGAGACGUAGAUGACACAGCUAUGGAACAGUCCUCCACUCAAACCCCUUUGCUUCAUACCAGCCCUGGUCACUAUGGCGGUCGGUUGUCAGGAUUCAUCCAGAGGUUUCUUUCGGAAUUAAGAUAUUUUGACUCUGCUCUGUCUGAUGCAGUGGAUGACAUCAGGGCCUCCACAUCCUCUCCCAGGAGCCAAAGCGCCAGAUCUGCCACUGCAAGCCAGGAGCCAGACAUGGAACUGAAGUACGCGUCCCAGAAACUUGGGGACCCACUAGACUUGUUCACCAGGGUUAUGGUUCACCAGGUCAUGGAUAUCCUCCAUGUGGAACUGAACAGACACCAGACUGAAGUCACUCUCAUUGGUCAGGAGGAGAUAAGUGCAGGACAUCCACCCACCGGGACCUCUGUGCCAGACAGCAGUGGCUACGGCUGCUUCGUCACAGUUCUGAUGCUCAGACUGCUGGCCAAAAUCAUGGAUCAACAAACUGCCUCUGCCGACACGAUGGACUCCUCCCGAGAGUUGAUCCAGAAAGUCCUCUCCGAGUUCAGCAGUGCCUCAGGAACGCCAAACUUCCUAACGUAUGAAAGCAACACCAAGAUUCAGGCUUUCUACAGAAGCAUGGACAAGUUCCUCCUGAAGGAGUUUGGACCUGAGGCCAUCCUGCAGAGAGCUGUGGAGACACAGGACGUCUCCUUUGAUAACAUCUUGCUGUCGGCGUUGAGGAAACAGCUGAUGCCUCAUUGUGACACAGAGGCAACUUCUGUCCCCUCAACUCCUGCUUCACCCUCUGAGCCACUUGAACCUGUGACUGGAACAGCAGCUGGACAAACCACCAGGAAGAGGCUCAAACUCAGGUUCAGAUUGAAGGUGCCAAGGAGACGCAGCAAGAAGGUGGCUCCCACUAGCGCCGUCUCUGACUCCACAGCUGCACAUGAGGAGAAUCCAGCCUCUCGUCCCCCAUCUAAUGAGGCUACUCCUGUCGUGUCUGCAUCGGGCCAGAAGACUCGUGAACGCUCCUUUUUCAUCAGGAUGUUCGCUUGCUGCAUUCAAGGCACCGCUGAAACUUGAACAUUCUCUCUCUCUC